UUGCACUCGUCAUUCGUUUCGUCUGCAUUUGUAUUUUCGGCUAAAUAAAUAGUUAUUUAGUCAUAAUUUGAAAUAAUAAUUCACAUUCUUGAUCCAAACAUUUACUGUUAUGGAUCCUAGAUCUAAUCCUGAAAAUGUUUUCAACAUUUUAAUUGCAAGUGACGUACACUUAGGUUAUGGUGAAAAAGAUCCACUGAGAGGAGAUGACAGUUUCAACACCUUUGAAGAGAUAUUACAGAUUGCAGAUCAGAAAAAAGUGGACCUUAUACUCCUUGGUGGAGAUUUAUUUCAUGAUAACAAGCCAUCUCCUAAGUGUGUUCAUCGAUGCUUAGCUUUAUUGAGACGUUAUUGUAUGGGAGACAGGCCCGUGACUGUCGAGUUUUUAAGUGAUCAAGCAGAAAACUUUCAGCAUUGUGUCAACCCUGUUGUCAAUUAUGAAGAUCCAAACUUGAAUAUUUCGAUUCCGGUCUUCUCGAUUCAUGGAAAUCAUGAUGAUCCUAGUGGUUAUGGCCAGGUGGCCACAUUAGAUCUUCUGAGUGCGUCUGGAUUGAUCAACUACUUCGGCAAGUGGACAGACCUCACACAGAUCCAGAUUAGUCCUUUACUGAUGCAGAAGGGAGAGUCUAAGUUGGCAAUGUACGGACUGAGCUACAUCAAAGACGAAAGACUUUCGAGACUGUUUAAAAACAGGAAGGUGACGAUGUUGAGGCCCAAGGAGUUUGGCGACGAAUGGUUCAAUAUCUUGGUGUUGCAUCAGAACCGAGUGAUGAGAGGUCCUAACAACUACCUACCAGAGCAUGCACUCGACGAGUUCCUAGACCUUGUGAUCUGGGGCCACGAGCACGAGUGUCGCAUUGAGCCCGAGAAGAACGCUAAGCAGGGCUUCUUUGUCAUACAACCAGGCAGUCCAGUCGCAACGUCCCUCUGUGAGGGAGAAGCCGUAGAGAAAUUUGUAUCCGUCAUUACCAUAUACAAAAAAGAAUUCAAGACAGAAAAGGUCAAAUUGAAAACAGUCAGGCCGUUUGUAAUGGACUCUAUGAGCCUGUCAAACUGCACCUUGAACAGAGCGGGUGGUGUUUUAAAUGAAGAGGUUCAACAGUAUGUUACUGGAAGAGUUGAAGAACUGAUUAAAAGAGCUGAACGACUAAUAACUGGGCACAGAAAGCAGCCAACACUCCCUCUUAUACGUCUAAGGGUGGAAUACUCUGAGGAGAUGGAGUAUUUCAACCCCAUCCGCUUCGGUCAGCUGUUCACAGGGCAAGUCGCCAACCCAACAGACAUGAUAUUGCUGAAGCGAGUCAGAAAAGAGAGAACGGUCAAGACUGAAGGUGACUUUGACAAAGACGCGAUGGAGAAUGUGCUUGGAAAUGAAGAGGAUGGAGAAAUGGGAGACGAAUGGGGCAAUCGAGCUGAGAACGUAGUAGAACGUUACUUUACGGAGACUGACACUAAACAACUAAGAGUGCUCUCCGUGCAAGGACUGGCCGAGGCAGUGAAGCGCUUCAUAGACAAAGGGGACACUGACGCUAUCACGGACAUCACCAAACAUCAGAUGCAGAGGACUGUGAAGUACAUUGUUGACAAGAAGGUGGUUGCUAAUGAGGACACAGUGUUGGAAGAGAUUGAGAACUUCCGUCUGGAGAGGAUGCAAGCAGCUGAACAGGAGAUUAGAGAGGCUGAGAUGGUGCUAGACAACAGAAACAGGAGUGUGACAAAUGGCAACACGCAGAAUGUAUUGGCCAACUCCGACUCAGACGAUGGCGAGGCUGUGAACGGCUCAGUCCGUGCUCCUAUCAGACCUGCCAUAGCCUCCCCUUCGACCAGUGGCCGUGGUAGAGGCAGAGGGAGGGGGAGUAGAGGGGGCCGAGGGUCCAGGGGUGCUAGAGGGGCGGCCGCAGCUGGUUCUAAGAACAUCAAGGAGGCGUUGUCUGUGCAGAGAUCAACUCCAAGAACAAAGAAGACCGUGGUCUACUUGUCCGAUAGUGAUUAGAGUUGAAUAUUUCUCUGGUGCUUUCUCUCAAAACAAAUUAAUAUUCACAACAUAAACGGGUAAUAAUUUAAGGAAAUAACCUAACCAUGAAAA